UUUCCGUCACUUUGACUUGCAAAUCGUAACCGCGUUGAGCGAGCGUUUUAUUUUCUUUUUUCAAUUUGAACGUCAAUUUCAUAAUUUCAAACUGCCGAUCGAUAUCGAUUACGAUAUCAGAUACAGGAAGAUACAUUUUUUUAAUUUUUUUAGAUAAGUACAAGUUGUACUUAAACUCUUAAACUUCCAGCGCGAGGCCCAGCAGAGAGCUCGAGCGGGGCAGCUCUGAAAAGUUUGUUGUUGUCACGUGAUGUGAGACGAAUGUGGCGAUAAAAGUUUGCUUACAGAGUAAAAGUAGGUGGCGUACUUUAAAUAGUGUAAAACAUCUUGAAGACAACAUUUACCAGAAUGCCUCAACCGAAACAUCGAAAGAUUGCCGUUAUAGGUUACAGAUCAGUCGGAAAGUCAUCUCUUACGAUACAGUUUGUGGAAGGACAGUUUGUUGACUCCUAUGACCCCACCAUCGAAAACACCUUUAACAAACUGGUCAACGUGAAUGGUCAAGACUUCAAUCUUCAACUGGUUGAUACAGCUGGACAAGAUGAGUACUCCAUUUUUCACCAAUCCCACUCAAUGGACAUCCAUGGUUAUGUCCUUGUCUAUUCAGUGACUUCCAAUAAAAGUUUUGAAGUUGUGCAGAAUCUACAUGACAAGCUGCUAGACAUGGUCGGAAAGAUUCAGGUCCCAACUGUUCUUGUUGGGAACAAAAAAGAUCUCCACAUGGAAAGAGUUAUCAAGCCAGACGAGGGAAAGAUUCUUGCUGAUUCCUGGGGCGCUGCGUUCAUGGAGUCCUCCGCCAAGGAGAACGAGACUGCUGUGGAGGUUUUCAAGCGGAUCAUUUUGGAGAUGGAGAAAGCUGAUGGGAAUGGUCCCCCAGAGGAGAAGAAGUGCGCUGUGAUGUAAAGAAGUCUGUCCCAGGACAUCGGAAAAGCUCAUUUGCUGAAGACAGGAGCCACAACGUCACCAGCUUGCCAAUCGUGAUCUCACCGACACCCAAGACACCGCAGUGGAACUUUUCUGCUCAAAUGUGAUAUCUUAUUGAUUUACAUAGCAAGGUGACAGUUGAUAAACUAUCCCACUAAUUGUAACCUACGGCCAGACGUUUCUAAGAGCAACAUUCAUCUUUGUUUUAGACAAAGAAUAACAGUCGGUGAACACUUUCUUUAAAUAUCGAAACGUUAUCUAUAUUUUGGCAAAAUCUGGACUUUUCAACCAACUGCUCAGAAAACAUAAUAAUAUUGCCAAACACAUUGGUCCCAAUUAAUUACAUCUUCUUCUUUUUUGUGAACAUGCAUUAAUAACUACAUAACUCUUUUGAGUAGCUGAGUUAUUGUACAUGUAGGGCUGGUUAACUUUAUUAAGGACUGGUAUUAUUUCAACAGUGAUGGAGAGUCAAAGUUCACAUUGCUUUAAACGUGGUGUUAAAAUGUCGGUUUCUCUCACAAAUGGUGGAUUUCCUUUUUAACACCCUGAAAUGAGAUUUCACACAAGAAGUUUCACUGGUUUGACGGUUCUUCUCACUGUCUUUUUUUUUUUUAUCAACUCCUCUUCAGGUACCUUUUCGCCAAUGAACUUCUGAACUGCGUCUUCACGAUGUAGGAAUCUAUUUGUAAAUCUUAAUGACUCACAUUUUAAGCUGUUCUGCUAAGCAGAUUAGACUAAUCCUUGUUUCUAUGGUUAAACUUCUCCUUAUUGACUGUAAUAAAGAUGUUAUCUUAUGGACAACCCUCAGAGAAAUUUAGUAUAGAUUGAAAUAGAUCUUUGAUAUUUACCACUGAUGGCCUUUUUUUAUACAAUAAAAAUAGAACCUUGGGAAAUGGUUUGAUACUAUUGGUUAUAUUUUGCGUGGUGCAGGUUUGCUCUCCAGUUUCCUGAGUAAAUUCUUAAAAAUGUGUAACAAUUAUGAACAUUGUUGAGUUGCAAUUUUUAAAUUACAUUUAAACACUGCCCAAAACCAUUUAAGUGGCUGGAGGCUACAGAGUUACAUUAGUCGUCUUUGAGCUCAUGGCUUUGAUGUGAUGGUUUAUGCAGGCUUGACAGAACCAAGCCAGGAAGGCAUGCAGUCCAUUUAAUUCAUAUUGUGGAUUUGCAUGAUCACUGUCACAAGCUUGAGAUCCUUAAUGACUUGUUUUCCUUAGAUCCUGUAGCCUUACAAAGACGCAAUGUGGGUUCCCCCUCAUAAUCCUCAUGUUGUACCUGUAGUGGGUAGUAACCUUUUUAUCACAUGCUUUGCUGAGUAAGUAGUUGAUUGAUUGAUGAUGGUUGAACAGAAGCUGGUGAUGCUGUGUCUGGUGCCUUACAUUUCCUCAAACUCCCUCAUCUGCUUCCCUUUAGGGCUCAAUGUGCUCUUAAUGGUUAUUUUUCUCCUUCUGUUGACUUGAUACCAUGGUGGUGGUGUGCACCUGAACACCAAUAUGCCCUUGUGGGUCGAUGUUAAAUUCAGAAAUCUUGCUGUAAACAGUUUUGUAUAUAAAUAAAUCUGUUACUCAUUUGA